AUGGCGGCCUCACUGCAAGGGCGCGAGCGUGCACGAGGCGCGCAGGCCGACACGUGUGGGCGGGGAAAGGCGCUGCGUCACUACGCGGUUCUUUACGGUAACGUUCACCGAGACGGAGGGAGACGCUCAGCCGCCGGAGGAACCGAGCGACCCGGCCGAAUUUUACCCAGUUUACCGUCGGGGAACCGGGUUCGGGGGGUGGGCCGGGGGCUCGGCACUCGAGAAUGCGAGAGCCCUGUUACCGGAGGGGCCGAAAACAUGAAUGGGGCCGUGUACAUUUCGUUUUUCCAGGGCCAGCUGGAGUCGGUGCUCGAGCAGGUCGUUCAGCUCGCCGUCCAGGAAAUCAGCAAGACCGUGGGCUCCAGCCUCAACGCCAUGCUGCUGGAAACGGCCGUGAAGGAGCAGGAAAACCACCGGCUGCGGCUCCAGCUGCAGAGCCGGGAGAGCCGGGACGGCGGCGGGGGCUCGGCCGCUAAGACCAAGGCCGGCGAGGAGCGGGCGGACGGCGGCAGGACAAAGCACGAGCCCCCGCCGCCUCCUCCGCCGCCGCAGCCGCAGCAGCAGCAGCCCCACGCCCCCGGAGGGCAGGGCACCCAGCUCGGCGUCCCCACCGACGGCCGCCGCCUGGAGCAGAGAGGACGCGUCGUGGACCAGCUCAAGUCCGUCAUGGAACGGGUUUUGGACUUCGCUGUCUGUGAACUGACGAAGAUCGUGGAGGCGUCGUUCGAUGACCUCCUCCUGGAGAUCACCAAGAUGGAGAGGGAACAGCAGACGCUGGAGGAGAGGCUGGGGCGGAGCUCCGACCGAGGGGGCGGAGACAAGGGGAGGUCAGGAGGAGGCAGGAGGAGGGGCUCCGAGAACGACUCGGUGUCGCCCAGUGGAUCCGAGGACGCCAGAGAGGAAGUGGGCGACGUGACGGCGACAAAGGAGACGACGGAGGCCGAUGGUCCGGACCCCGCCCCCGUCCUCUCGGUCUCUCAGGACUGGGUUCCGAUCCUGGACAAGGUCUUCGGUCAGAAGUGGUGCAGCGACGUCUGGCACAUCAAGGAGCUGGAGGCAGGGGGAGGCGGAGCUGGAGCAGGCGGAGGUGGGCGGAGCCUCCACUCUGAUCCACCCCACCCCUCCCCCUCUGUGAACCUGGAGCCGUCUCCAUCGUCCCCCCAGCAGGACCCCCGCUGGACGCCGCUGGAGGACAUGGAGGUGUUUUCACCUGAUGAAGACGAUGCCGCAGAGGCUCAGGGAAACGCCACUGGCAGAGCCAACGCCACAACUGGCCCCUCCCCCAGCCCCACAGGAAGUAGUGGGCGGCGUUCCUCUGCCUCCAUGUUGCACCGCCUCCUCACACUCCCGUCUCAGCUGUUGGAAGACGAUGAAGACGCCGCUGCCAAGGAGGCGCUGGCGGCGCUGGCGACCGAGGGCGCCAAAGGCCGACAGGACGGUGUGGAACUGCCGGCCCAGACCUGCCCAUCACCGGUGGCAACAAAGGAGGAGGAGGAAGAGGACGAGGAAGAGGAGGAGGAGGAGGAGGACAGAGGGAGGAAGAAGAAGCGGCGCCGGAUCUGGUCUGAAUGCGGCGAAUGUGGACGAAGGUUCAGUCGAGUUUCUCUGCUCAAAGCUCAUCGUCAGACUCACAUCGCAGAAUCCGCCUCCCCGUCGUCACCUGCUGCUGCCGCCGCUGCCAUUCUACGAUGUUCAGAAUGUGGGAAGAAGUUCUCUUCAGCGACCCGCCUCCACAGCCACAUCCGGACCCAGCACCCUGGAAUCCGGUCCUGAACCGGACCCAGCGAGACCUGAAGGCAAAAACCAGGAUGAAUGAAGCAGCUCCAUCCGGUCCGGAGCUGGAACAAGUGGUACUCAGACUCGAACGGACCGAGUCCAGGGUUAGUCCGGGACUGGGUCCAGGGUCAGUCUGGGACCUGGUCCAGGGUUAGUCUGGGACUGGGUCUAGGUUUAGUCUGGGACCGAGUUCAAGUUUAGUCUGGGACCGGGUUCAAGUUUAGUCUGGGACCGGGUUCAAGUUUAGUCUGGGACCGGGUACAGGUUUAGUCUGGGACCGGGUUCAGGGUUAGUUUUGGACCGGGUUGAGGGUUAGUCUGGGACUGGCUUCAGGCUUAGUCUGGGGCCGGGUUCAAGUUUAGUCUGGGACCGGGUUCAGGUUUAGUCUGGUACCGGGUUCAGGUUUAGUCUGGUACCAGGUUCAGGGUUAGUCUUGGACCGGGUUCAGGGUUAGUCUGGGACCAGGUCCAGGGUUAGUCUGGGACCGGGUUCAUCAUAUUCCAGUUUGCCUGAAACAUAAACCACUCACUUUAAAAAUCAGACCAAGAACAAAUUGGGGAUGAAGAAACUAAAGAACAGGUUAAAAGCGGACAAGUGUUUGAACAGAACCAGAGGAGAACAGGAGGAGUGUAGAACGAACACAUUCAAGAAUUCAAGUCACCCACAAAAUGUUUUAGGGAAAAGGACAAAAAGUUCAACAGCGUCAUGGAUGUGGGUUCAAUAAACAUCUGUUUAGAACAAGGCUCAAAACCAGGACUGGAUGUAAACCAGGACUGGAUCAAAACCAGGACUGGAUUUAAACCUUUAAUGUGAUUUAGUUUAAAUCAAACUCGUCAGUUUAUUCGAGUCUGAACUGAUGUUAAAUUUUUCCAAAGCCUGAACGGAUUCAAUGAGGGAAGAAUUAGAUGAACAUUGAACAUAUCGGACAAAUCCAACCAACGCCGUGUUUUAUAAACCAAACCUAAAGGGAUUGAAGUUCAAGUCUGACCUGAUGGUUAAAGCACCUUGGAAUUCUGGGAAAACGUCCAGGACCAGAGGAUCUGGACCUGACUAGUGAAGCUACAUGUUUUAUGUUUGAUAUCGUUGAACUCAAGCUUCGUCUCUGAUAAUUCCCAGAGUCGAGCUGACCCUGAACGCACCAGACGACCACCUGGACGUCGGGACGCCAGACUCCGCCUACUCCUGCUGUACAAUACCAGGAGACCACGCCCACAGCCACAGGUGGAUUUUCUUCGCAAUAAGCUGGUUUCCUGUGGCCGCGUCGCGUCGUAGUUUUUAGAUUUGUGGGCGUGGCCUCCAUGUCGGACUUCAUUGGUUUAGAUUGUGGGCGUGGCCUCCAUGUCAGACUUCAGUUUGUUUUUUAAGUGCCCUUUAUUGUUUCCUCUGAAAACAGACUCCAGUUUUUUCUCUUUUUUAGCCUUUAUGGAUUCUUGUCUAAGUGCAUUUUGUGUCAUAUUUUACAUUUUUGGAUAAUGUGGCGCUCGCAGCCGUUUGGACUUGUUGAAUGUGAAUCACAAUUUGUAUAGUUUUUGUACAGUUUUUACUUUUCAGACAGGACUGAAAAGAAAGAAGAAGGUUUUUAACAGGCGGCGGGUUCUUCCUCUGCUUCCUUCCUCAUUUCCAUUGUUUGGUUUUUGGGUGAAGCCUCAUGUCGACGCAGAUACCUCUGAUCGCAAACACAACCGCCGCUGAUUGCAAACACAACUGCCUGUGAUCGUAAACACAACCGCUGCUGAUCGCAAACACAAUCGCCGCUGAUUGCAAACACAACCGCCUGUGAUCGCAAACACAACCUCCUGUGAUCGCAAAAAAAGCCACCACUGAUUGCAAACCCAACCGCCGCUGAUCGCAGACCCAACCACCGCUGAUCGCAGACCCAACCGCCGCUGAUCGCAAACCCAACCGCCGCUGAUCGCAAACCCAACCGCUGCUGAUCGCAAACCCAGCCGCCGCUGAUCGCAAACACAACUGCCUGUGAUUGUAAACACAACCGCUGCUGAUUGCAAACGCAGUCGCUGCUGAUUGCAAACACAACCGCCUGUGAUUGCAAACACAACCACCGCUGAUUGCAAACACAGCUGCCGCUGAUCGCAAACCUAACCGCCGCUGAUUGCAAACCCAGCUGCCGCAGAUUGCAAACACAACUGCCUCUGAUCGCAAACACAACCGCCUCUGAUUGCAAACACAACCGCCUGUGAUCGCAAACACAACCACCUGUGAUCGCAAACACAGCCACCGCUGAUUGCAAACACAGCCGCCGCUGAUCGCAAACCUAACCGCCGCUGAUUGCAAACCCAGCUGCCGCAGAUUGCCAACACAACUGCCUCUGAUUGCAAACACAACCGCCUCUGAUCGCAAACACAACCACCUCUGAUCGCAAACACAACCGCCGCUGAUCACAAACACAACUGCCACUGAUCGCAAACCCAGCUACCGCUGAUUGCAAACAACAGCGCUGAUCUCAAACACGCUGAACAUUUUCAAAAGCUGAAGAAAAAAUGUUAAAAUCUUAAUGUAAAUUUGGUCUGAAUCAUCAGAAUUCGUCAAGUUUUCAGUUAAAAUCAUAAUAAUUUGACGGUUCUUCUGCCAAAUAGAAGCUCCAAACCCAAACGUCGUCGUCGUGUUACAGUGUUUGUUUGUUUGAUCGGAGGCUGCUGUGUCGCUGACCGUGGUCCUGAACUCAUUCCUCUGGUUUUUCUUUGUGUUUGACACUUGGUCGUACUUUGUCCUGUGUAGCAUUUUCAGGAACAGAGGAACGAUGGUGUAAACACGGAACCAGGACUUUUAACCCUUCAGCUUCAGCAGCAUUUUUAAGUUUGACACUUUUCACAGUUAUUUUUUUUUUUUAUUUUUUUUUUUUUUUAGCGAAGCUAAUUGUCUUUUAAGCAAUAUGAUGCCAAAAGCAAUGAAAUCAGACCAUGAAAGCACCGUCUGUGUCCGCAGGUGUGGACGGCACUAGUCUCUUUUCCAUUGACCUUCAAAGUUUGCGAAUAGAACUUGUAAAUAUAAAUUUGUUUCAUGGAAAAACAACAAUUUUGCCAAAAGUCUUGUUGUUCGACAUGUUUUUUCGUAGUUAAAUUGGUAUAUGACCCAAAACUGUAAUGGAAAGACCUUUGAGUCCAGCUAGAGU